AUGCAAGCAGCUUAUUAUCUCAUGAAAAAAGUAAAAGUACGUGCCCUGUUGGGGCCGCAGAAUUCAGAGCAAGCAAGGUACAUUGUGAGACUUGGUGAGCUAUUCCAAGUUCCCGUCAUUUGGUUUCCCAUAACUGGUCCAUCUCUUUUGCCACCGCCAUCUCCAUCCUCCAUCUACAUCGAUCAAGGCCUUGAUUGCUAUCAGUUCCAAGCCAUAGCCGCCAGUCUUAAGGCUUUUGGGUGGCAAUCAAUCGUCCCCAUUUAUGAAGAGACUGAAUAUGGCAGUCAUCUUGUUCCAUGCCUCACCAAUGUCUUGAAAGAGAUGGGCAUACGAAUGGCUAACGUAACUGCCAUUACUUCAGAUUCAUCAGAUCUUGCAAUUAACAUUACUCUUAACAGGUUAAACAACAUGCGAACACAUGUAUUUCUUGUCCAUAUGAGCAUGGAUCUCGGAACAACAUUUGUUUUGUCUGCACAAAGGAAAGAGAUGAUGGGUGAAGGAUAUGCUUGGAUACUUACGCAAGAGCUAUCUUCUUUGACAGAUCCUCAAGUUACAGUCAAGAGAAACUUGUAUACUGGCCAAGUCCUAUCUGGGAGUUUUACUGAUUUCUUUGCUUUGAAAAGGUAUAUGCAAGGUGCAUUGGGAGUGAGGCCAAUGGAUUCUAACAAAACAGAUGUGCGUAAGGGGAUAGAGAAUAAUUUCACUGCUAAGUUCGGAGGAGCUAGUCUAACUAUCUAUGGAUGGUGGGCUUAUCACACAAUCGAAGCAUUGGCUAUGGCAUUAGAGAAGCCAGGCGCAGACAAUAAUGGCACAAAACUUCGAAGUGAAAUUCUGGCUACUAAUUUCACAGGCGUGUCAGGGAUAAAUUUUAAUUUAAAAGGAGGACAACUAGAUCAAUCAGUGCUUGAAGUAUACAAUGUGGUAGGAACAAGAGAAAGGAUCAUCGGAUCUUGGAACCCCAAAGAUGGAUUUGUUCAAAAUAAUAGUAAAAGUGGCGAGGUAUCUGGUGAUGGAUACCAACUAAGUGGUCCACUGGCACUGUGGCCGGGUGACACAUUGGAUAAACCACCAAAGUUGAGAAUAGGGGUCCCAAGAACAAAUUCUUUUCCUGAAUUUGUGAAUGUAGAUAAUUCUAGUAAGCAUCGGAUUGAUGGCUUUGCUAUUCAUGUGUUCUUAAAAGCUAUCGGUCAUUUGCCGUUUCUGUUAAAUAAUUAUGAGUUUGUUCCCUUGCCCAAAAAAAGCGACACUCCCACAAACUAUGAUGAUAUUCUCUGCAGCCAAAUGAAAGACGAGGAUCUUGAUGCUAUAAUUGGAGACAUCACAAUUGUAGCAAAACGCACAAACUGUGUUGAUUUCACGUUGCCGUAUCUAGAUUCAAGCGUAGCAAUGGUGCCAUCAUAA